UAUUACUUUUCUUUUAGUCCCUCUAAAGUCUCAACGCAGACCAUGGUGGAGAAUAAUCUCUUCGAGGAUAUUUUCAGAGUAGAAAAACUAAACCCCGAUGACAAAAAAUUAUUCGAUAAAGUUACUCGAAUUGAAGCAAGGAGUGAAAAGUUUGACAUGUUUAUGCACCUUGAUAUCAAUUCUGAGAUAUAUCCAUUAAAGGUUGGUCAGAAGUUCACCCUUGUGCUGGUUUCAUCACUUAAUCCUGAUGGAACACCAGACACUGGCUAUUAUACACAGAUCAAUCGACAAUCUCUGGCCAACAAUUUUGAAUAUGUCAUGUAUGGGAAGCUCUACAGGAUAACAGAGGCUUCUGGGCGUGAAAAGGCGGAGCUAAAUAUUUCAUUUGGUGGGCUUCUGAUGCUGCUGAAGGGAGAUACCUCUCAUUGCAACAAGUUCGAGCUUGAUCAGAGGUUGUAUCUUCUUAUAAGGAAAGUCUGAAAAUUGUAUUUAAAAAGAAAGUAGGAUGUGAAUCCUUGUUGUGGCAAAAGCACAGCAGCGACUUCCAACUUAAAAAGAAACAAGCAUCUCUACUAUGAGUCUCAUAUUUACUAUUUAGGUGUUAUAACAAAUUUUAUUGGUUCAUGUUGACGUGAGUUUUAAAAUUAAGACUUGGGACUUGUAUAAGACUUUAGAUUUUAAAAAAUUAAAAAAAUAUAAUUCUUAUUAGACUUUAAACCAUUUGAGCAAAAUUUAUAAAAAUGUUUUAAAAGUAGGGUAACAUUAUGAGACUUGAAAGUAAAAUAAUAUCUCAUGUCAAAGUUUUAUAGGAUUUUUGUAUUGGCUGUGCUGUCAGUAAUACCAUUAUAUUUUCCUUUUUGGUGUUUUUGAGUUCAGGCUUUGGUGUCAUGGUUCCUAUUGGCUUAUAAAGGUUAUUUCAUUUGUGUUCUUAUCAAGAAUCUUAUAAUUUCAAGGUUUUCAUUUGUAUUUCUUGUUUGCCUAUGAAAGCACUUUCUUUCACAAGAGCUUAUGAAGGCACUUAUUAAUGC